AUGUGGGAUCUGCGACAGCACAAAAUCGUUCGUGAGUAUCGUGGUCAUGAGGAAUCGGUGACGUGUGCCGUGUAUCUGCCACAACAAGUGACGUGGAAACGACUGAUGCUGAGUGUUUCGGCGGAUCAUUGCGCACGCAUCUGGAACGCUGACGAUGGAAAUUGUUUAUGGAAUGAGAUCGUUCCGGUUGGAGUGGAUUUAUUGGCGUGUGUCGGUUUCAACGAUGGAAAGUUCGUUAGUUUCAGCGAGUUGUGUUUAAGUAAUCGAUUUUGA